AUGAAUCUGAAUGUUUUCCGCCUGCUGGCCGAUCUCGCCCAUAUCUCCUCGAAAUGCAUCCUGAUAUGGGCCAUCCAUCGCAAUAAAAGCGCCGAAGGCGUUUCACUCCUCACCCAGAUCCUCUACGCCAUGGUCUUUGUCUUUCGAUAUCUUGACUUGAUCCGACCGCACAACUGGAAGGAACCGUAUCUCGUGUUUUUCAAGCUCUUUUACAUCGCCUCUUCGUUCUAUAUAAUCUAUAUAAUGAUGAGGGUCUUCCCUCGGACGCGCGAACGGGAGCGAGCGUGGAAGUUGGCGCUAGGAUCGAUUGCCGUGGCCCUGGUUUUGGCACCCAUCCUCAACCUCAUCUUCUACGGCGAGUACCCGGCGAAUCAUGUCUUCACGGAGAUCUGCUGGAACUUCUCGAUUGUCUUGGAAUCCGUCUGCGUGCUUCCUCAGCUCUUGCUCCUACGGCAAACCACCGUACCCACCGUAAUCAACUCCUUCUAUCUGCUCACGUUGGGGUCUUAUCGGGCAUUUUAUAUCCUCAAUUGGCUGGUGCGGGGAUUGGGCCCCGACCACACGUGGGACCGAAUCGCGGAUGUGUUUGGAAUCAUCCAGACGGCCUUCUAUAUCGACUUCGCCUGGGUGUACUAUACGCGGCAACGAGUCAAGUUGCGCAACGGAGGAGUUGUCGACUCCGAGGACUUCCGAAACAGCUGGUUGCUGAACAAGGUUUUGACCUUCCGACAGCGACGGAGCACCGACGAAGAGCAACACCUUCGCGAUGAAGAGGCCGACGACGCGAUGGAUGCCGACGGAGAGCGUCCGGGGAACAACCGUUGGGGAGCCCGAGGGAUCUCCAUCUCCGCGGACGACACCCUAGAGGAACAUCAUCAGCCCCGAUCCCAGGGAACACACAAAGGGAACAAUAGCGAGGUGGAUGGGUUUUUGGAGGAGGAAGAAGAUCCUGCCGGGAACCAUGGCGAGAACGUGUGGACACAAUCUCCAACCAGAGACCGGUGA